AUGGAGGACAAUAGUAGUUAUGCAGGGGCACCGCGACCGGCGGCGCAACGAGCCGAUGGAGGGAAGGAGCAAGAGCUCUUGCAGAUCUUAUCUGGGAUCGCGGGAGACGAAGAACUGCGGAAGAUGCCGGAAGCAGCCCAGGAAAUGGACCGUGGCAAGAAGCGCAAGCCGAUGACUUGGCCGAAGUGGAACGGUCAACCCGAGUCCUUCCACUUCUACCUCGACCGCCUAAACGGCAAUAACAACGUCGUGUGGUACGAGAUCCUGCAGACCUUGCCGGAUCAGAUGAUGAGGAGAGUCGAGGGUUUUGGAGGCAAGAGAGCGCGAAGGGCAACCCAGACCCCGGAAAUUCUUCUCGCACCUAGCCCAGACGUUCGGCAGCCGGGCGGCGCGAGCUGGGAUAAUGCUUCCAAGCUCGCAUGGCUACGGAACUCGAUCUCUCCUGCUCUCCGUGAGCAACUAGUCCCGGUUAUCAUGCCGAAGGACUACAACGAGUACAUCCAACGUCUACACCCGAUUGCUUGGGCGUUCGAGCACACCGCGAAGUUUAAGGCGUUGCAGAGGAAGCAGGGCCCCGCGGGCAACGUGACCAAGGGCAGGCAUCAGGCAUCGGCAACAUCCAGGUCGCCGCAUGAAGGAUAUCGAAAGGGCGUUAUCACCAAAGAAACCCAUGUCAGAAGCAGAGCUACGCCGAACGAUACCCCAGCGGUUCCACGAUUUACGCCUCUAUUUAUGAAGAAGGAAGCUGAUAAGCUGAAUCCUCAUAAGCCAGGUAUAGACCACGAAAUCAGAAUCAAGGAGGACCCGAAUGGCCAGCAGUUACCACUACCGUAUGGAGCACUAUACGAUGCGAAGUGGUUCACUAAGGUCGACGUGGUACAAGCGUUCCAUAAAGUACGGGUUGCAGAAGGAGACGAGUGGAAGACAGCGUUCCGCACCCGGUACGCAACCUUCCAGCGGUAUAUUAACGGUAUCCUACGAGACUACCUCGACGAGUUCGCCUCUGCUUAUAUGGACGAUAUACUUAUCUAUUCGAGCGGGAGCAGAGAAGACCAUUUCCGGAAGGUACGGUUAGUUUUAGAACGCCUCGCCGAGCAUGGACUACACCUAGACCCGGAGAAAUGCGAAUUUGGAGUCAAGCGGAUUAAGUACCUAGGAUUCAUUAUUCACGCAGGAAUUGGCAUUCAGGCAGAUCCCGACAAGAUACGAGCAAUAGUCGAGUGGGCAGUCCCCGUUACCCAGAAGCAGGGUGGUUUUCAUAUCUAA